GACAUGAUAUAAUGAAAUAGCAGGAAAACAGAGACCGAGUGUACCCUGAGCUGAUAAAAAAAAAUCUACGCACUCAUCUGCAUUAGCACCAUCGCAAUUGCCUCGGAGCAACUGGGGACCAAGUCGGGGACAGGGGCGGUCCAGAAUACGUCCCCAUCGGACGGGACAUGUCUGUCGAUUCGCGAUUGUACCUGCAGCUAUUAAGCACUUUUUGAAGGGAAAGUGCGUGUUUAUUCCAUCCAUCGACCUGGGAGCGGAAUCGGUGCUCAUCUCACUCUCUCUCCCCUUUCUCUCCCAUUAUCUCUCUAUUUCUACUCUCUCCUUCUGUCUCUUUCCCUCGCUCUUUUUCCCUCUCUCCUUCUCUCUCUCUCUCUGUCUAUCUCUCCCUCUUUCUCAGAAUGGACACAGGAUGUGAAGAGAGCAGGUGGCUGACAGUCUCACAGCAACAGAAAUGGGAGGCUGGAGGAUAUGACAAGCGGCCAUCAAGUCAGCAGACUAACAGCUCUACUGUACGCCACAGGGGACAGACCCUUGGUUGGCAGAGCGUUUGCUGAGCUUUGAGAACAACAGUCAGGUGGGUAGAUGAGUAACAUUGUGUUCCUGUUUGCUGGAUGAGUUCCAGAAUAGAAGACUAGUAGACUGGUUAGAUAACAAAUAGUUGUUACGUAUUUCUUACAGGUGUUGAUAGAUAAUGAUUGUUGUCAUGAAUUGUGCAUACAAAAUUGUAUCAUUGUCCUAUACUGUCUAAUAUUGUAAUGUGUUAUGUUUUCUUUAUGUUGAUGUGAAGAGAAUAGUAUCUAAAGAUGUGGUAUUGUUUGUAUGAGGUUACUGCAGUUCUUCACAGCGCUUCUGUGUCUGAAGUGUGGAGGAGGAUGUCACCCGUCAGCUGUCCUCAUAGCUGGGCUACCAUGGCAACGACAUUCGUCAGAAUGACUUCCGGCAAAAGCAAAGCACUGUCACGAUCACUUUCUGUACUGACAGAUGUCUUUAUACUGAUACUUAAUUGUGUUGGUGUUUUGGUUAAGGUUAAUCAUAAAAAUGCUGAGCCACAUGAGUGGACUGUCUGUCUACUUGUCAUCCAUGUCACAACUGCUACACAGAGUUUCUACUUGUCAUUACGGCCAAAGAGAAAUAAGCAAAGUAUCCUCCAAAAUCAUUUUCUACUGCUGCGCGUCCACUGCAUCCCUAUUGUCCGGCAGGGAAAGUCUUCCCCCAGAGGCUGGUUUCACAUGGUGGUUUAGAUUAAUGUUCCCAGUGUCUAGCACCAUUUGAAAUCAGUGUUCUUGGGGACAGGAGAACAGCACUGGGCCUCUGGUAGUGUCAAUCAGUCUACUGGAGCCAAUCCUCUCUCUCUCUCUCUCUCUCCCCUUUAAAGGAUGACUGAUUUCCUCUGGUGUUUAGAGCCCCUUACAGCCUUCUAGCACCAUUUGAAAUCGGUUAUAAUGACUGGGGAUCAAUGCCUCAGUGUCUUCACGAUGUCUACAUGUCAUCUCUACAGUCAAGCAGACAGGAAAUGAAUGGGAUGAAUGUUCAUAUUGUACGUGUCACAGGGUCUGCUCUACAGAUCCUGGAAUCGAAAUGAGUUGGACGGGAGCUCAUUUCCAGUGGGACAGUUUUUAAAGUGUUUAUUGAAUAAAUGUUCCAUUAAACUGAAUUGAUAUCUUACGUUUUCCUGUGUGUAUGUUAUUAUAUUUGUGUCCGUGGUUAUACACCUGCAUGUAACCCUAUAUAACCCCGCUCUGCUAUGUAUAAAAGUUAUCAGAGCUCAAGGGAUGAAAACAAGUCAUUUCACAAUACCCUCACUCAUAACAGAUUGAAUCACUGUUAUACCUAGAAGCACACAACACAAUCCAACACUUACUUUAUAACAUGAUAAUGGAAACAGGAAAGGCAUUUUAUUGCAGGACUUGUACCAGACACCGCACAGAACCAUAGAAGUCAACUGAGGGCAGAAUCUUAAUUAAACCAGGAAAGUUCCUGUUCUGUAAUGUGGGAUGAAUGAGUUCCAAGGAAGCCUGAUGUUCUCAAUAAGAUUUUCAAGUUGUGGAAGUUUAUCUCAUCUCUGCUCGGCGUCUCUGUCGCCUGUGUUACCAUGUCACUCCCCGGGUCUGACGAGACAUGCUGUACACAACCGGUAUCUAUUCAUUUAGUGUGUUGUUAGGUGUAGAUAAAGGUGUGGGCGAUGGCGUUGAUGGUGGUUAUCAUUGUAGUAUAAACAUGAUCAUGGAGUUGAACUUGGAGACCAUCCCAGAGAAUGCAGUUGAACUGGGAGAGGAAGAGGAGGAGGCGAAGGAAGAAAAAUAAGUGCCUCUCCACAUUCAAAUGCUACAGAGGAACAGAUUUGACCAGAGGUCAUUCUGUGGACAUGAUUAUUAGCUGAGAUACUAUGUAAUUACAACUCGUAUCAUUAUUUUAAAACCUGCCAUUAUUCCGUAAUAAGCUAUUUCCCUCAAAUCAAUGGGGUUUUAAUGGGGCCUAGUUGUCCUUGCACCUUUCCCGUUGCCCUAGGCCUAGGGCACUGCAGUAGUACACUUUUCCUUUCACCUUGAUGGUCUUAUUGGAGUCAAAUGCAAACAGACAUCAAUGCUCCCAGUGUGUUACCUAUCUCCUGAUUGUAUGGGUGUUUCAUAACCCAUAGGUGAGCUUUUCACAGGCGGCUGGUGGUACCCUAAUUGGGGAGGACAGGCUCAUUGUAAUUGCUGGAAUGGAAUGAAUGGUAUGAAACACAUCAAACCUGUGGUAUUAUGAGCCAUCCUCCCCUCACCAGCCUCCUGUGGAGCCCGUAUUGGCUAGGUUGAAGACAAAAUAGGUAAGGACUCGUGCGUGAGCUUUUGAAAUUAAACAGAUUCAUGUUUAUUCUAGUUGAUAAGUAGCAUCGCUGGUCUGUUUGUUUAGAAAUCUUCCACAUUUACGCAAAGCUUUAUGGGAUAUUAGAAAUCCUCCUAACCUGGGUAUCUUCAACAUAGCAUAUUACUGGUUCGAUGUCACAACAUACAACUUUGGGGGUGUUUCAGCAACAAUGCAAAGUUCUACAUUACAGUUCUACAGUACACUAUGACAUCACCAAAGACCUGUAGAAUGCACUGUUGCAUUCUAAAUAUGAUGGAACUGCUUUCACUUAAGCCUCUGAAUCACAAUGUCAGUAUUCUCAUUGUCGCAACUUGUUUUUGAAUUCUCCAUGCAGGCUAAAAAGUACGGUUUUAUUUGAUCAAUUAUUUGAUUUUGAUAUUAUAAUGCUUAUUGUUUGCGAUAUGAAUUGGCUGUAGUGAGAUUGUCCAUGCAUUGAUUUACAGGGCUUUAGGGAAUAAGGCUUUCCUCCAGCCAGUGAAUAAGGAUGAGAUUAUUGCUCCAAAGGCCCGUGAGAUCUAUCAGAAAGCAAAAGGCGUUUAAUGACAGGAUGGAGUGUCAGAAGCUGCUGGAGGUUCAGGGGCAAGGGAAGUCUAGCCGCCAUAAGAAUCGAGUGGCGCUCAUGUUCAAGGCCUCGGAGGCCAACCUGGACAGGACAGCCUUACUCAUAGCCAACAACCCCCUGCCUGACCUCCAUAACCUGAAGGAGGGUGACAGCCCAACCAAAUACCUGGCAGGCAACCCCCCCGCCCCCGCCCCUGCCAAGAGGCUUGAAGCCAUUCGGGGUCGUCAGAGUGGUUUGCCUCCUCUGAAACAUCCUCUUAAAUUGCCAUCUGGGAUGAGAAGAGAUGUCAGCAAGCGAAGCAGCAGAGCUCCAUCAUGGGUGCAAACGAGUCUCUGUGUGCAGUUCUCUGAGGAUAGGUCAACGUUUUCAGACAGGGACAACUGGCAGGAAGGUACUGCCCUAGAUCUGACCCAGAGCACUGAGGUCAAAGAUCAUUGCAGUGAACUGUGUGAGCCCCUCACUCUCUCGGCCCUGCUGGAGACUGCAGUUACAGUAACAGCACCAGGACAGGGGGCGUUCCGCUACGGACAGACUGCCUACUGGAACGUGACCAACAGCUGUGAACUGCCGCCAUGACUUCUGAUGCCUGGACCUUUCAAUGCAUGCACGCAAUAGCUGUUUGCCAAAUAUGUGUUGAAAUUCAGCAAUAAAUACUUUAUGGUUUAAAUUAUUUUUGGGACAUAUCAA